GGCUGGGGGCGGUAGGAAGUGUUGGAGGCGAAGCGGGGUCCCGCGUCUGUCGCUGGAGAGGGCUCACCGGCCGGGCCGGUCCUGUCCCCGUCAUGAGCAACAUCUACAUCCAGGAGCCGCCCACCAACGGGAAGGUUUUGCUGAGAACUACAGCAGGAGAGAUAGAUAUAGAAUUAUGGUCAAAAGAAGCACCAAAAGCAUGCAGAAAUUUCAUCCAGCUAUGUAUGGAAGAGUAUUACAAUAACACAAUAUUUCACAGAGUAGUGCCUGGCUUUAUUGUGCAAGGGGGUGACCCCACUGGUACUGGAUCAGGAGGAGAGUCAGUCUAUGGAGCUCCUUUCAAGGAUGAGUUCCACUCGCGAUUGCGAUUUAAUCGAAGAGGACUCGUUGCUAUGGCAAAUGCUGGGCCCCAUGAUAACGGGAGUCAAUUUUUCUUUACAUUGGGUCGUGCAGAUGAGCUUAACAACAAGCACACAAUCUUUGGAAAGGUUACAGGGGAUACGAUAUAUAACAUGUUGCGCCUGGCUGAAGUAGAAGUUGACAAGGAAGAGAGACCUCUCAGUCCACACAAAAUAAGAAGUAGUGAGGUUUUGUUUAAUCCUUUUGAUGACAUUAUCCCACGACCAAACCGAAAACUGAAGAAAGACAAGCCAGAAGAAGAAGCUAAAAAGUCCAAAGUGAAAGGCACAAAAAACUUUAACCUGCUUUCCUUUGGGGAAGAAGCUGAAGAAGAAGAGGAAGAAGUCAGUAGAGUUAGUCAGAGCAUGAAGGGAAGAAGUAAAAGUAGUCAUGAUCUCCUGAAGGAUGAUCCACAUCUUAGCUCAGUUCCUGCUGUCAAAAGUGAAAUGGCAAAUGAAGAAAAGGAUUUGAGUGAGGAUGAAGAGGAACAUGAUGGAGAUGCUGAUAGUAUAGAUGAUGAAGCUGCCAGUAAUGAGAGAUUUCAAAUAAAGGAACGCAUUGCUAAGAAACUGAAAAUUGAUACAAGUGAAAAUACUAAGCAACUUCAAGAGGAAGAAACCAAGACAGAACGGAAAACAACUAGUCGCAGUGAGGAGCUACGGAAGGAGGCCCGACAGCUGAAACGAGAACUGCUGGAAGCAAAGCACAAAAAAGAAGAAAGAGCUUUAAGACCCAAAGAGAAAGAAGAGGAGGAACCUGCUCCAAACAGUGUUGUUGAAGAAUACCUUCAGGAGAAGAGAAAAUAUGAAGACAAGAGAAAGCAGCAGCCAAAGAAAGGAGUUUCCCGUGAAGAUCAGACACUGGCAUUAUUAGACCGAUUUAAAACAAAGUUAACCCAGGCAAUUGAGGAAACUCCUGAAAAUGAGCUUUCCGAACCUGACGUAGAUAAUGACGAAGGAUGGAUGUCACAUGUGCUUCAGUUUGAAGACAGAAGCAGAAAGGUAAAAGAUGCAAGCAUGCAGGAUGAAGAUACUUUUGAGAUCUAUGAUCCACGAAAUCCUGUAACUAAGAGAAGAAGAGAAGAAAGCAAGAAGAUAAUGAGAGAAAAAAAGGAAAGGAGAUAAAAGGAGUGUAAAGUUAGCCAGAGCUGCCUUGGAAAGUGACUGCAAUAAAGCACUGGCUCUUUUGUAAGCUGAUCCUAAAAAUACCACUGGACAAGUGUGAAAAGGAAUCUCUCAAGAACCUGUCGUGCAGUUUUGAAGCAGAGCUAUCAUUUGUUUCUUAAGUUGUGCAGUCAAGUGCUCUCACUGCAUUUAUUAUCCAACCUCUCUAAAGGUUUUUAGAAUGAUGUAUUUAAUAAAACAGCUGACUUAA